AACGGAAAGUCGAAUAAAGAAACCCGAGCUCUUGGCGUUUCUACCGAAACAAUUUGAUUGGUGAUAUUUAAUCUGCGUGAAACAGUGAAGAGUCAUCUUUAGUUUUGACACAUGCCCUGGUAAAAUAUUUUGUCAAAAGCGAUUAAAACCAUAACAAAAGGAAUAGUAAAUCCAACAAUAUAUUUAUAUUUUAGUAAAUAAAUAUGUGGAAAGUGGAUCCUGUAAAUGAAAGAGAUUUAAUAUUUCAUGAAUUAAUAGAUGAAUGUAAACAUGCUGUUCCAGGUGCAAGGUUAUCCUAUACACUUAGAAAUAAGUUAGAAAAAUAUCCAAUAGAAGUACGUAGAGACAUAGUGAAUCGAGUAAAAGUGGGUUGUUCUCCGUUAUUUAUCGCCUGUAAAAAAGGACAAACCGAAAUUGUUCAGUAUCUAAUUAAAGUUUCUGCUGCGGAUAUAGAACAAAAAGGACUAUUUGAGGUACAGGAAGAUAGGACAACCCAUGUUGUAACGCCCUUAUGGUGUGCAGCAGUUUCAGGAAAACUACAAGUGGUGGAAACUUUAGUUCUUAGUGGAGCAGACAUAAAUGCUGUAUCUGACACGGGAUCAACUGCCGUACGGUCAGCCUGUUACAUGACACAUUUUGAAAUUGUAAAAUACUUAGUAGCUCAUGGUGCCGAUAUUAACAGACCCAACUAUAAUGGUGGCACGUGUUUAAUAAAUUCAGUACAAAGUGCAGCACUUUGUGAAUUUUUGGUAAAGAGUGGAGCCAUUAUUAAUGCGAGGGAUAUACAGAAUAAAAGUGCCCUUCAUUAUGCCAUUCAAGAACACAGAUUAGAAACGACGAAAUUGUUAUUAAGAAACGGUGCCGAUUAUAAUGCAAAAUCAAGAUAUGGUGACGAUGCUUUACAAAUGGCUUGUCUAAAAGGUGCCGUACGAAUUUUCGAAUUUCUCGUAAUGAACAUAGAUUACCCUCCGGAAAAAUUAGCCAAUGCACACGAAUUAUUGGGAGCCACAUUUCUAGAUGAACAGAACGACUUAGCUGUUGCUCUACAUCAUUGGAAAAUAGCUAUAGCCAUCAGACAGAAACAUGCAUUGUAUCCUAAACAACCAGUGAUGCCUCCACAGGAAGGAUAUAGAUACCAGAAAGAAUUCGAAACAUUAGAGGAGUUAGAGGCUAUUGCAGAUGAUGUUGAUUUAGUUCGUACACAGAGUUUGAUAAUUACAGAAAGGAUUUUAGGACCGCAUCACAAAGAUACUAUAUUUAGGUUAAUGUAUCGAGGUGCAUCAUAUGCGGAUGUAUUGCGCUAUCAACGUUGCAUCGAUCUCUGGAGGCGAGCUUUACAAAUUCGUAUUGAAAAAGAUUCGAUUCUCUACACGGAUACCUGUUUUUCUGCUCAAGCUCUAGUUAGACUGAUGAUGGAUUAUCACUAUAAAUUUAAUUUUGCCGAAGACAAGAACAAACACCAAAGAUUCCAUGACGUUAUUUCCGUAUUUUAUCUUUUGACUGAGAAUAUCGUCGAAAUAAGAAAACUUUUAACCAUACGCCCUGUGUAUAAACGACAAGCGGAUUUUUUCGAUAAAAUGCUGAAAUGUAUAACUCAUUUGAUCUACCUUAUGAUAGAAACCAUGACGACGGAAGAUCAGAAGGUCCUAGUGAAACGGAUCAUCACGGAUUUUUUAAAAAAGAACGUUCGAUGCGUAGUGUUGGAGAACACAGUUUUACAUUUGUGUGUUUCGAAAUUGAACACGAUCAGAUCUAAUUAUUUUAUGGAAGAGGAACCAAUUAUGAUAUUUCCUCAAGAAAACGUAGUGCGUUGUCUGCUAGAAUGUGGAGCACCAGUAAAUGCAAGAAAUGAACAAGGUUUUACCCCACUUCAUCUCAGCGUCCUGACUUACAACUAUUCUUCCUGGUUGGUGAGGCUGUUGCUGCAAUACGGCGCACACAUCGAUCAACCGAAUGUCAUAGGAAAAAUACCAUUGGACGCCAUCAAUGAUCUCAAUAACCAACUACCCACAGAUAUAUUCGUAUUAAAUUAUUUGAAUUUAAAAUGUCUCUGUUCGAGGGUAAUUUGUAAAUACAAAAUUCCGUAUAAAAAUCAGAUACCAAAAACAUUAGAAAAUUACAUACACUUACACGAACCAUAAAACAUAUUUUCAAAAAUUGUUCGCUUUUAAUUUUGUUCAUAGUUAUUGUAUAUUUAUUGAUAUUUUUAUUUUAUCGUGACAAUUGGAAAAGACGGUUCAAUUUUCGAAUGUAAUGCAACGUGAUUUAAAUGACUGCGAUUUAGAAUUAAAGAAUAUAUAAUUAAACUGGAAAAUAUUUUUCGGAAAAAAAUAUUUUGAGUUAAAUAUUUUAUUCGAGUCGAUAGAACGAAUAUAUUUCGAAUAUUGAGAGAACAAUAGACAUAAAAAUCUCGAUAAAGAAUAUUUAAAAAAUUGUCUUGUUGAAAAAUAACAAUUGUUUAAACAAUUUCGGUUUAAACAAUCUAGUACGGGUUUGCCCCAUGGCAACAUUCAUUUAUAUCAUCAUUGGGACAACUCGAAGAGGAUCGCAUAAAAAAAUUGAAAUGCAAUAACUUUUGGUACUAAUUCCCAGAUUCCUCCUGGACUAGAAGACAAAAUUCUCGAUGUACAAUAAAGCAACAAAAUUCAAAAGUCGGUGGUUCCGGGGGAGAUCUGGGAUUAAUAAGCCAAUGGCGCUACCUUUUAACACGUUCAAUGUUAAUGGAAAAAUUCGUAAUUAUCCACAAGUGCGUCACGGGGUCAAUUGGCCGCGUAUUCUUACCUUAGUUUAAAUGUAUUCAGCUUGCUGAAAAUUGAUUAAUUUCGACAAAAUCAAUUAUUUUCCCACUCAUAGUUUUUAUUCAGCAGCAGGACAUUGAUUCAUUAAAAAGUUCAUGAAUGUUAGCAACAAUGUUCGGAGAUUAUUGAAAUUUCUAACAUAUAUUAUUUUCGACCUUUUGAUUGAAUCCAAAGCCGAAACAAGUUCGAACAUUUUUACUUCUUACAGGAUCAACUCUAGUGCAAAGUUAGACAUGGAGUCAAUCAACCACGCACCGCGGGGAACGUGUUAAUAUAACUUUCGAUUGAAAUUAAGGGGUUAACAUAUUAACUGGUCACAAAAAUAUUUCGAAAGUUUUGUCUGUUUACUGUUCUUUAUGUAGUGAAAGAUUUGCUCGGUGUUUUACCCUCAAAAUACCUACAAAUUUGAAAAAUUGCUUCGAUUUAGAUGUUUAUAGUUUUUACGGGAGAGAUAGCGAGACGAGAGAAGAUUUUCAAUCUUAAAUAUUUUCGACAGAUGCUUAUCAAUAUAAACGGAAUGCGGAAUCAAUUCAUUUCUUCCCUAUACAACUUAACUAUAUCCUAAAUGGUAUAGUAUGAUUUCUGAAAAUUCUCUAAAGGGUGAUGAACUGAGUAACUGUAUUUCCUGUUUAUAUUUUGUUCGUUAGCCAUAUUUUUACGUCAUGAACUGAAAAUAAGUGAAGGUGAUUUUUGUUGGACCCUCCGGUAUUUCCAGUAUUAUAAAUAACCCUCGAAUAUUUGCUUCACAAAAGUAACGUCGUUUUCGUAUUAAAGUAUGUAAAUUGUUAUAAUAUGUAUAUUUUUGUAUAAAUUUAUAGCACUUAAGAAAAAAUUUAGUCUUUUCACAUUCGAGUGAAAUAGACGUAAGAAACGAUUGUAUCAUAUCUGAAUGUUGAUAAAGAAAUGUUAUAUGUUA